UUGCCCUCUUGCAUGUAAUCCAACCCAGGAGCACGGGGGCCUCCCAUGCAUUUAAGGACAGGGCUUUAAACUUGUUCUGCCAAAGAUCAGUCCUGCCAGUGGGAAAUAGCCAACACUCGAAGGGUGACCUCCGAAGCCCAUACUCCUCUCUCAGACCCAGGUGUCUGGGUUUCCAAGUCUUUCUGGCCCUUUCUGCCUGUCGAGCACACCGAUGAGUCUCAACACCUCUUGUCCCUAUUCUGGAAUCCCUCUUCCUUCACACCCCAGAGUACGGAGCUCCCAACCCACUCCUUCAGGCCCAGGAGUCCAAGUCCCCGGCCCUUUCUCUUCGAACGCAGAAAUCAGGUCCCCAGCCCCCUCCUCCCUCAGAACCAGGAAUCCAGGGCUCCAGUUUGAACUUUUCACUCCCCUGAAUCCGACUCCCGCUGCUGCGUCAGGGAAAAAGUAAGCGACAGGUGGCACCUGCCUGCAAGGCCGGGGCACGACCACCUGCCGCUGCUGCUCACCCUGAGCCCCUCUCCUGGCACCUGCUUCUGUCAGUCCGACCCCCGCUGCCCCGCCCCACUCCGGGAUGCGGAGGAGGAGGAGGCAGGAACCCCGACGUCAGCCCCGCCCCAGGCCCUCGCAGCCCGUGCUCCCGCCCCUUCUCAGGAUGCCAGGAGGGGCUCCGGUCUCCCCCGCCCGCCUCCACCGCUCUCUCUCGACACGCCCCCUAAAGGCUGGUGGGGCGGGGCCUGCGGCCUCUGGCUUAGAUCGCGGGACUGAAGCGGCUCCAAAGCACGACUGCGCAGAGCCCACCUGUCCAGGUCCCCGACCAGCCUUGGCAAUGACCCUGGCGGCUUCCUCCCAGCGCUCCCAAAUCAUUCGUUCCAAGUUCCGAUCGGUCCUUCAGCUUCGGAUCCACAGACGGUAUCAGGACCCGAACCUGUCAGGGUCCUUUGCCGCCUCUCCAGUCUCCGACCCAGAUCCGUGGAUCUCAGCCUCAGGCCCAGCUCUGGCUCCAGCCCCAGCCUCGCCCUCGGGCCCUGCCCCUUUCCUCUUCAACCCUGGGGUCCUUCCGGAGCCAGAGUACUGCCCUUGGAGGUCCCUGAAGAAGGAGUCUCCCAAGAUCUCCCAGCAUUGGAGGGAGCCCAAGCCCAAGGGGAACCUGACAUACCACCAGUACAUGCCUCCAGAGCCAAGACAAGGGACCAGGGCAGACCCCCAGGCUGAAGGGUCGGCCUUGGGUCCCCCUGGACCACCUCUGUGGGAAGGGACAAACUUACAGCAGCCACCUCCUAGGAUGAAGCCCACUCCCUUCACUUCCUUCCCACCAGGAGUCCCCGGUCCCUCGCCCCCUUCACACAAGUUGGAACUUCAGACCCUCAAACUGGAGGAGCUGACGGUCUCAGAGCUCCGACAGCAGCUGCGCCUGCGGGGCCUCCCGGUGUCUGGGACGAAGUCGAUGCUCCUGGAGCGCAUGCGCGGCGGUGCCCCGCCCCGCGAGCGGCCAAAGCCGCGGCGCGAGGACAGUCCCCUGGAUGCUCCCCGGCCACGCUUCAGGGCCAAAGCUUUGGGAGCCGCCCGGAGGCCCGGAUCGUUCAAGCCGAGUCCAACACCUCACUCGCCUCCUCCUCCUCCACAUGCCGCGGAAACCGUUGUGAUGGCUCCGGCUCCGGCUCCGCCUGCGACGACGGCUCCGGCUCCAGCGCCGAUCCCUUUCUCAGCACCAGCCUCGACAGCCCUGACACUGGAGGAGGAGCUGCAGGAAGCGAUCCGCAGAGCGCAAGUGAGAGAGCGCGGGCCUAGGGUCUCAGUCAGGAUCAGGCUGGAGUCCCAGGUUCACACCGCCUCUGCUUGUCCACAGCUGCUUCCGAACCGGGGCAUCGAUGACAUCCUAGAGGAUCAAGUGAAACCUGAGGACCCACUGCCCCCCAUCCUCCUGGACUUUCCUGGCUCCUUCGACGUGCUGUCCCCCUCCCCAGACUCUGAAGGCCUCUCAUCUGUUUUCUCUUCCUCAAUCCCAUCCCUGUCCCACUCUCCCAGGGGCCCCACAGACUCCUUGGAUUGGCUGGAGGCUCUGAGUGGGGGUCCCCUGCUGGGCUGUGGCCCCCCAGCCUCCAGCAUCUUCUCUGCUGACUUAUCUGAUUUCAGUGGCACUCGGCUGUGGGACCUGCUGGAGGACCCAUGGUGAUGGAUGUUUGGAUUUGCAGGGACUGUGAACUGGCAGGGCUGGGGAAGUCACAGACAUGACUCCGCGAGGGAGGGGUGGGAACAACCAGCAGAGCCCCUCCCGCCAUGGACACAACCUCAGAGACAACGCUUAUCCCCACCUGGCCUCUGAACUGCUGCUAGCAUGCCCACCUCUUGACUUUUAUCUGCCUGACCCCCUUCCAUGGUCAUGUGGUUGGGAGCAAGGAGGUUUCACUGGUUGCUGGCCAGGGCAAACAAGCUGCUUGCUGCUGCCUUCAGAGAUCUCAUAGAUGUUUUUGUCCCCACCUUUACCCCCCAACCCCUAUCCCACCGCCUAGAUGUCUCCCUGUUGCUGGGGAGCCUCGAAGGUGGUCUAUGCUCUUUGGAGGCAGGGGAGGGGCAGGGAAGAGUGGAGAGGGAGAACUGUCUACCAGACCCUUAGCUUCUGAUUGGAGAUGAGACAAAUCAGAUGUGUCGUGUCUGAGGUCAGAGUCUUUGGGAGGCAGAGUCUGGGAUAAGAAUCGUGUAUCUGUGAUUUAUUAAAGAAAUGCCCUGGA